GUUUCUGAAAUGCAUGCAUUACGGCGACAUAUGCAUAAUCAUGAUGUUGAUGAAACACCGUUACAAAUUAAUUAUAGUGAUUUUAAACUUGGAAAACUCUUAUCAUUACGAACAGAUGAUAUGAUAACUGAAGGAGACAGCGUUACCAGUAUUCGAAAAGGUCAAAAAUUGACGAUUGAUUCAGGUAUUAUAUUAUUGAAUAUUUGGUGGUUGCAAUUAUUAGAAACAUUUGGUAGGAAAUGUAGUCUCGAUGAUUUUCGAUAUGAAUAUACGAGAUGUGAUGAAAAUGGUGAACGAUGGCGUGUUGCAGUACCAAAAAUGAAUAAUUUAGAAUGUGAUGAUGGAGUACCAUUACCGAUACGAGGAGUUAAUUGUUCUUUUACAUGUAAUGCCGGAAUGUAUUUGGAUAUUUUUACUCAACGGUGUCAACUUUGCCCAAAAGGUACCUAUAGUUUGGGUGGUGGCAUUCGAUAUGACGUAUUUGAUGAAAUUCCACCAAAUUUUGAAGUGGAAAAUCUCAAUAUUUUACCAGAAAGAAACAUAGAUUCCAAUACGGAACUAUUAGAGGAUUGUCCAAUUCAGAAAGGUUGGAUUGUACGAAAUACAAAAUUGAUAUAUGUGCCUUCGCCAUGUUUGUCGAAGCUUACUUAUACUGUUGAUUUGAUACGUCCAGGUUACAUGGAAUACGUUUAUCGUUUGCCACGUAAUAAUCGUGCACUUAUUUUUAAUGUUGACGUGAAAAAUGAAAGAUGUAAGAGCUAUAGAGAUGAAAUGAAGCGAUUGAUGGAAAAUAGCUUGAAGAAGGAAAAUUCUGAAGAUGGUAGCGAUUGGCAUCGUGAUCGAAUUGAAUUAAAAAGUGGUCAUAACAUUAUCACUUGGACAGUAAUGAGCUAUCGUUUGGAUGCCUUUUAUAACAAUGAUGUGAUAACAAUCUCACAUAUCGAUAUUUAUGGAUUAAAACAAGUACAAAAAUGUAGCAAAUGUCCCGGUGGAACAUAUAGUGGUAUCGGUGCUAAACAAUGCCGAUUUUGUCCAGCCGGAUAUUACAGUUCACCGGGAUCGGCGCAAUGUAUCCGUUGUCCAAUAUCACAAUACUCACAUGCUCGGUCAACAUUUUGCAUAGAUCGACCCAUUUGUUCAUUAAAUGAUUAUUAUCCAAUUCUAAAACCAUGUAUUAAUGGUAAAACACGUACGAUAUUUGUUAAAGUACAACCAAAUAUUUGUCGUGAUGAUUUAAGAGGAGCUGUUAAGAUCCCAGAAGCUGGUAAAGAAAUUCCCUGUCCGAAGUGUAAUCCGGGAAUGAGUUUGAAUCCCACUGGUCAAUGUGUAUUUUGUCAGAAAGAUCAUUACUCAAAUGGCGAAGAAUGUAAUCGAUGCCCAGUCGAUACAUUACCAAAUUAUGGUUAUCAUUAUAUUAUUUGGAAUACACUUCCAAAAAAUAUGUUCACCAAAUGUGAAUAUAUCGUUGAAGGUGAUUCAAUGAGUUGUGGAAUUGAGAAUUCAUGGAUACCAUCUGGAAGUAUGAUCCAAAGUUCAUCAACACAGGAAAAAGGCAUAGCACUCGAACUUGGCUUACGAAUUCCUAAUGGCUUUUCAAAUCCAUUACUUGCAUUUGAUGAGCUAGCAUCAUCACAUAAUCCAGUUGCACAUAUU